UGAAAAGUGCGACUACGACCUAAUGUAGCGCAAAUUAUUUUUAAUUCCACAAAUUCGCUGGCAUUGUUGCAAAAAUUUUGACAUUUCGUUCGUUUGGUACGAUAUUUGCCAAAUGACAUUAUAUUGUUUAUAUUACUUUUAGAAUACGUUGAGCAAAAUCCAUUUCGAUUAAUAAUAAAUUCAGUAAUUAGUUUGUUUAAUAACAAUAAAAAUGAGUGCUGGUACAGAAUUGAACGAUAAAGUACUUGCGACAAAAAAUGCAUUAAUAGCCGCGGUUAGCGAUAAUGUUUGGGCGAAGUAUACGAGCAAUAUGAAAAUGUGGUUCCGUCACAAAUGGACAAAGGAAGAAUUCGACACAGAAUCAAGAAAAUUUUUCACACCUGAACAAAUGCAUUUACACAAUCGAUUUUUCUUAGCAAUGCUUAAUAAAAUGGAUGCUUAUCAAAUGCCACCACCUCCGCCGCCGUCAAUGGGCACACAGCAGCAACAACAAACUGGUGCCAAUACAUCGACUUCAAGUAGUAGUAGCAAGAGUCGUAAACGAAAACGAAGUUCCCGUGAUCGUUUUGGUUUUGAGCAACAAGAUAUUUUAGAUUUCAUUAAAACUAAUAAUACAGAAACUCUACGUCCGCCUUCGGGCACUGAAGCCAAUUUACAAAUGUGGCCAACACAGCGUUAUUGUCGCCAGGAAAUGUUCUUGCCUGAUCCGGCAUUUAUGCUUGGCCGUUUAAUGAUUGGUGCAUGGGAAGUAGGUCUUGUUAAUGUAGAUGACAACGUCGCCGAAUGUAUGAUAAAUGCUAUACAAAUAUUUUUAAAGAAUCUUCUUUCUGGUAUUAUAAUGAAACUGAAGCAUUAUAAAUCAACGGCAGAUGGUUCCUUUUACUAUGAUGUGGGUGCAACGUUACGAGACCCAUCAUUGCGUAACACUGUUACUCGGCAAAAAUUAGAUGAUACACCUUUGUACCUAGAUAAGCGAAUUACAUCACCUAGUGUUACACAAAGACCGAACGAUGAUGUGGUAUUCUUAGCAGCUUGUGAAGAAGUUACGCCGCCGAGAACUACAUUGAUUACGUUAAGAGAACUGCAAAUUGCUUUGAAAGAUCGCAAUCUCAUUGGCUCUCAUUCAAUAUAUUCAAUAAAUAUGGAAAGAAUCACACAAAUGUUGCAUUGAAAAACAAAAGAAUAUUGGAGUGCUUGUGAUUUGUAUAUGAAAGGAUAUUUGCAUGUUGUUACUUUCGUGGCACAUUGAUUGGAAUCUAUAAAAAUAGUUUUAAAAUCUCUUUUCCUACUUCUUAAUUGACUUUAGUUGAAAGUAGGCAUAAACUAAUUUAUAUUUUUUGUAAUUUGAAUCCAUAAAACAUAUGUUUAAAUUGCUUUUCCCAUUUUUUAACUGGAUUCAGUUUAAAGUAGGCAUAAUCUAGUUUAUAUUUUGUUUUAAUUUGAAUCCAUAAAAAAGUUUUUAAAUCACUUUUCCUACUUUUUAAUAGACUUUAGUUAA